AUGAGAUUGGUUGGACGCACUGGAGUCGGGGAAUGUAGCGCCACCACCACCACCACCGAAACCGGCGACGACGGCGCCGGUGGUGGUGCGGUGGUGGUUGUCGGAGUGAAGUUGGAUGCACGGAGCAGGGAGUUGCUGACGUGGGCGUUGGUGAAAGUGGCGCAAUCUGGGGAUCGUGUCAUUGCUAUGCACAUCCUUGAUCCUGGCACCGAAGGUAAAGCGAGUUUGCUUUCGCUAGUGAAGACUUUCGAUUCAGUUCUGGCUGCUUAUGAAGGCUUCUGUAACCUGAAACAGGUGGAUCUGAAGCUUAAGGUCUGUAGAGGAUCACCAGUUCGUAAAGUCCUAGCUCAGGAAGCAAAAUCAUGUGGAGCAACUUGUUUAAUUGUCGGAUCUUCUGUAGCGCAUCACACAAUUCGAUCCAGGACAUCAGUCGCGAAGUAUUGCGCAAAGAAUCUCCAAAAAAACAUCUCAGUUAUCUCUGUUAACAAUGGCAAGAUCAUGUUCCAAAGAGAAGCAACAGCUUUGGCAGGCCCAGAGACAAAAUCUAAGCAGAGGAAAAUUAUGGGAAGAAGUCCUCUGAGUUUGCCACCAGAGAGAGUUUUGUCAUCAUCUAGUAGUGAAAAUGAGCACAAUUCCAUGGCGUUGGUUCCCAUCAAGACUCAGGAAAUGCCUGAGUCAAGGUCUGGAUGGACACUCCUCCGAAGGGUCUUUUUCCAUAAUGGAAAAGUACCUGAAACUCCUUCUCCUAAGAAGUCAUCUUUAAUGCAAUGGAUGUUGAAAUUACCAAGCCGUCAAUCUGUGACCGCUAUUUAUCCUGAUCAAAAACAUAUUAAUGCAUCAAAUAAGGAUGAGUUUCAUUGUACAGAUUUGGACACAGAAAAGGGUGCAAUUAUACCGUAUCUGGGCGGCACUACUUCUGUAUCUGAUUUUUCUAAAACCAUUUCUAGAGAACUUGAGGGUCUUAGGCAGAAGUACUCGUCAACAUGCAGAAUAUUUAGCUACCAAGAACUUCUGUUAGCAACAAACAGUUUCACUGCUGAAAAUUUGAUUGGGAAAGGGGGGAGCAGUCGAGUUUAUAGAGGAUGUCUACCAGAAGGCGAGGAACUGGCUGUGAAAAUUCUUAAACCGUCGGAGGAUGUGUUGGAGCACUUCGUUUCUGAAAUUGAAAUCAUCACAUCUUUGCAUCACGGCAAUAUAAUUUCAUUGGUUGGCAUCUGUUUUGAGGAAAACAAUCUACUUUUGGUUUAUAAUCUUUUAUCCAGAGGAAGCCUAGAAGACAAUCUCCAUGGUCCUAAGAAAACUGGGAAUUCAUUUUGUUGGGAAGAUAGAUAUAAAGUCGCUCUGGGCGUGGCUGAGGCACUGGACCAUAUACAUAAUGCAGCAGUUGAACCCGUCAUUCACAGGGAUGUGAAAUCUUCAAAUAUCCUUCUUUCAGAUGACUUUGAGCCUCAGCUUUCAGAUUUUGGGCUUGCUACUUGGGCUUCAAGUUCUUCGCAUCAUAUGGAUACCACUGAUGUUGCUGGAACAUUUGGCUACUUGGCUCCGGAAUACUUUAUGCAUGGCAAAUUGAAUGAAAAUAUCGAUGUAUAUGCAUUUGGUGUUGUACUCCUUGAGCUUUUGUCUGGUAGAAAGCCCAUAGAUAAUGAUCUUCCAAAGGGUGAAGAAAGCUUGGUAAUGUGGGCAAAUCGCGUUAUGAAAGAUGGGAAAAUUUCCCAGUUGCUAGAUCCUAACCUCACUAAUGCUUAUGACUACAAUCAAUUUGAGAAAAUGGUCUUGGCUGCUAUCCUUUGCAUCAGACGUGCACCUCAAUCUCGUCCUCAAAUUAGCCUCAUCCUCAAACUCCUUCAAGGUGAUCCGGAAGUUCUUGAUUGGGCAACUGAGCAGGUCAAUGCUUUGGAAGAAGUAGAUAUUGUCGAUGCUGAGCAGUCAGGGACGAACCUCCAAUCUUUUAUUAAUCUUGCAUUGCUUAAUUUGGAGGAAGGCUCCGGUCUCGGACGCGAGGGUUACAAUGUUUCGACCUCCUCCUUACCUGAUUUACGUCACGGUCCAGAUGUCGGUUGGACUGUGUUUUGUCCUAUGGAUCACAUUUUCACAGUUCUUUGUGCUAGUGAAAUUGCUGCUGAAUAUGCAAAUGCCAGCUAUUGA